AUGGACAUGGACGGGGCUCGGGGGCUGCCCGGCCUCCGCAGCGCAUGGCGAUCAGACCUCAGCCCAAGGGCCAACAGGAUCAUCAAUGAUCCGCUGCUGAAUGACAUUGAUAUUGACAAUGUCAGGAUCGAGGUUUUCGACGUCUCCGCGCAGUUGGUCGACAUUCCUCUUACGGAGACAGCAGACGAGCCCAAUUCGCUCCCGGUGAUCCAGAACGGAUUACAUCAUGUUCAUACCAGCAGGGUGCAUGGUUCGAAUGGGGAGGCUCAUCCAAGGAAGGAGCACGUUGUCGAGAUACCUGCAUUAGGAAACCACACGAUUAGAACCAAUGGUGUCAGAGAGGACAACGGGAGGCCGCACGGCAGCAAUGGGUAUGUCAGUGAGAACGGGCAGGCGCGUCACGAUCGUCAUCCCCCCCCCAUCAAAGCCUCCUCCAAGAAGCCCCCCCGGUGCCCCACUUCUCACAACGGUCUCAAUGGAGACUCGGGCCACCACCCGCAGAACGGGCGCAGGCGGCGGGACUCUACGGAGCUGGACAGAAGCAAGGGGAAGCGGGGCGGGGGGGCCGCCAAGUGGAAAAUGAAGCUGGUCAUGGCAAUUCUGCUGGUUUGCUUUGGGACGCUGGUCUACUUUCAAGUGUUUUACAUGCGGCCGCAGCAAUUGCAGGCGAUCAUGCAGGGAGCCAGCCAGAAGGAGGUGCUCAGGGCGGGCCUGCUGAAUUUCGGCCGCCGAGAAGGACCUGAGGAUGGUGUGUUGAGGUCUAGAGGUGAAGGCAACAUUACUGACGGUUUGGUAGGCAUGCGGCGGAGGCUUUUGGGGGGAGAGACGGAAGGAGGGGAGCAGUGCAGUUUGAUAGAAGGCAUGAGGUGGUUCGGCAGGUUGCUGAAUGACGUCCGAAUAAGAAGGGCGGGGAACGAGGGUGGGGGGAUACUCGUUGGAGGGUCGGAAGCGGGGGUGGUAAGGUUGGGACGGAGACUGUUGGCAGAGGGAAGAGAGACAGGGAAGAGGAGAUUGGUAACGGAGAGAGAGGGUCAGAGGCACGAGAGAAUGGAGGCUUUGGACUGGGGUUUUGGGGUGGGUUUGGAGUUCCUGCGGAGACGACCGGGAAGCAGAGAUACGGGGUGAGGCAAUUACUUACAAAAGGUCAGUGACUGGAUGCGGGCAUCGGGUUUACUGGAAUGGGGUGGGGUGGGGCGGACAGCAAUACAGGGAACGGCAGAGACACACACCGUAAGCGCAUCAGUUGCAAGAAGAGGCGGAUAUUCAGAGGACUCACAUACGGUGGCCUGCUUGUGAAGCGGCAGCGCUUUCGGAUAUAAGGCAUGUACAGAACAGCAGCAAUAUGCCGACAUGUAUAUUUCCAUAGUGUCGCGGUAGAGGACGCCAUGGUCUGUGGAUUGUACAGAAAGUGUACAUAAUAAGUUAAGCCUCCACCUGUAAGGCAGGCCGGGCCUCUAUCACUGAUAGUGGGUUUCUCCACGCCUUGAUCUGAGGAUUGUGUGGCCGUGCUGACAUAUGGAUGCCUUGACAAGAUGGCUGGAG